AUGAGAGGAUGGCCGUGCCGAAACAUCAUCUCUGUUUCUUCUUCUCAUCAAGGAUACGCGAUGCGCACUGUGGGCAUUAGGGACGAGAUUUUGGUUGAGUCGGCCAACAAGGACCGUCUCGAAUGUACGAGCACGCUUCUCGAAGAAUACCAUGAGUAUCUCAAGUCGAAUACACCAGAAGACUGUCCGGUAACAUUAGACAGUGUUAGAAAGGCAUAUGACUCGUAUGUGCCGGUAGCCAUGGUCACCUCUGUGGUUUCUAUGAAGAACAAAGAGGACAUAGAGCCCCUCAUCGACCGAGCAAAGGGACUUAUUGAAAACGUUUAUACUAUGACAAAGUUACUGGAGAAAUGA